AUGAGCAGCAACGUGAGCAGCAACAUGAGCAGCAGCAGCAGCAGCAGCGGCAGCAGCAGCAGCAGCAGCAGCGGCAGCAGCAGCAGCAGCAGCACUAGCAGCAGAAUGGCGAACCUACUUUUAAAGGCGUGCUGCAGUGUAUGGCGGGGUAUUGCAUAUGUGCAUACCCGACUAGAGGAAGCCCUUCUUGGCCCUGAGGUACCACAAAACCCUACAAGAGAUGCAAUCAUGGAGGUUGUUGAUCAAAGCCCUCAAGAUGCCCUUGUAUUUAUUAAGAUUGUAAUGCUUUUUGGCACAAUUUCGGGGGUUUUGAUCUCCGCACCAACUGUUGCAUAUUUAUAUCUAAAUUGGAGUCAUUGUGAUUGUAAUAAAGCCUUACAAUGGUGGAAUACAAUAUUUACGGCCCUUCAAAUUCCUCAAUUGCCCGUUCGUUAUUUAUUUUUCUGUCAUCUUUGUACCUGUGGAGGAGAGAGACGCGAAAUAGUAGACAUGGUUUACGAGGAUUCGAUAGGCAACAGGACUAUGGAAUCUCACCGUCAGAUCGUCAGCGCCAUAUCGGUGAGUUUGUUACGUCUGGUGGCGACAUUUGUGUCGUUUUGGAUAUCAUUGCCUCCUAGCGACGAAGGAAGGGGUGCUGCUGCUGCUGCUGCUGCAGUAGCAGCAGCAAGAGCAGCACCAAUAACAACUAGAUGGAGAAGAGGUGCAUAUCCUCACGAAAUAGAUGCACUACCUACCAUGAAAUAUAAAGAAAAACUUGAACAAAUCCUCGAUCAGCAGCGAUACAAUGAGCGGCAGCAGCAGCGGCAGCAGCAGCGGCUGCAGCAGAAGCAGCAGCACCUGCAGCAAAGGCAUGCAAGAAGAAUACGUAACGAAAUUGGAUUAACUAAGGAAGAAAAAGAAGACCUACAAAAAGAAUUAGAGGAAGACCAGCAGAGACUGCAGCAGCAAGACAAGCAAGACCAGGAAGAGAAACAAAGAAAGAGGAAUAUGUAUGUUAAAAAAACCCUAUAA